GACUUGUUUUCUUGUUUAUAUUUUUUGUUGUUUCUGUGUUUAUAAACCAACGUAAAUUAAAAUUUAUUAGAUUUUAUGUUAUAUAUAAAUACGUAAAGCUACUACAUUCGUUCAUGUAACUAAAAAAUGAUUUGAUCUUCAUAAUAAUUAUCAAAAAUACUAGAUAUUGCUCUAUUUCUGUUACAAGUUUGAAAGUACCAAACUAAAACAUGGGUCGAUCCAUUUCUGGUACUCCAAGUGUGUACUCCCACGUUACUACAAGAAGCAGUGCAAAUUUACGAAGCACUAGAAGUUUGAAAUCGCUGCAAACACCUUGGUAUAAAAAACCUCUCGUGCAAGAUGCCUUCUUUCUUGAUGUCCAAAGAGCUUCGAUGGUGACUGCAAUUUUUUCAUUGAUAUUAUCAAUGUUUACUGUUAUAACAUCAUGCUUUGACUUAUAUUGCUAUGCAAUGGCAGCUCCUGGAAGUACCCAUUACGGCUAUUAUGUUAUAUCAUACCAGUUUGUUUAUGUUGGGUCUCGGCAUGUUCGGAAUGCUUUAGUUAUGUUUGCUGUCUUCUCAAUUCUCCUAGCCUUAGUUGUCUUUGUUACAAGCAUAAUGUUAAUUAUCUCCUUAAGAAAGGAAUAUGAAAAGAAAAUGCUACCCUGGAUUUACGCUUUUGCCGUGUUUACAAUGUUCAGAUUUUUAGCUUAUUUGUUUUUCUCCAUAGUCAACGACAUGAUCUUUGCAUACAAUGUCUUAAUGUGUCUUUUGUGGACUGUCUUUAUUGUAUGUUCUGUUUACGGCUGGGUUCUGGUGUAUUCUUUAUACAUUGAAUUGUCUGAUUUAACAAAAUUAGAAGACUUGGCUCAUUUAAGGAUGGGCACCAUGCAAUCUCUCAACGCUUCCACAGUCCCGUCUCUAGCGGGCUCCCGGCCUACCACGCCUCACAGCACCGUGUCGACGAUGCCAGUAGCGUAACCACCAAGUCUACCACUGUCAAGACGCCUUCAGGCUGCGCCCCCAUAGCAAUCAUCGAUGUGCCAAGUCAGUCCUCAUCUUUCGUCACUGAACUGCCAAGCAGUGCUAGUAAAUACACAGAUUUAUCUAGCUUGAGUGGGGCCCAGUAUUCGCAGGCUACCACUCUGGAAGCUGGGUCUUCUAGAGGGCCUGUUUAUUGAAGAAUCUCAUUUUUAAAAGUAACGUUUAUUAUUAUGCUUUGAGAUUUGUAAUAUCUUUGUAAACUCCACACGUUUAAAUUUGUAGCAUUGCACUGAAUGGCAAAUUUAGAAGCUUAAGUUGCAUUUUUAUAUUAUCGACUUCUUGUAUUGUAAGGCUUAGUGAUCUUUAAGGAAUCCGUCCAUUGUACUUUUUUA